GCUGAUGAUAUGAGCCGCUUCUGAAUUGGGAGAAUUUCAAACCCUCGCCGGAGAGCGACUGAGCUACCAGGUCCGUCUUUCUCAGCCUCGUACAUAGGGUGCCGUCAGGUGGUUAGUCGGUCGGGAGUUUUACAUCUCAUAUACGACUCUCCGUUUAUGAUCCCGGAGCCCAGUUGUUCAAAAUCCCAGACUCACAUUUCUGUUUGAUACUCUGAAUUUAGUUCGGUUUCGUGAUAACACAGUGACCAACUGGGAAAUGGCUAGCUUGGUGGAAAGGCUUCGUGUUAGGUCGGAACGGAGGCCAAUUUACAAUAUUGAUGAUUCAGACGAAGAAGCUGAUAUUAAGCGCCGCAAAUCUGGCCAUCCAAAGGAGAAAUCUGAGAGAUUUGUCAGGCCUGAUGCGAAAGUUGAUUGUUGCCAAGUUUGUGGUGGAGAUGAGAAUCUUCUGAACUGUGAAACAUGCACUUACUCCUAUCAUCCAAAGUGUCUACUCGUACCUUUGAAAGCUCCUCUUCCUAGCAGCUGGAAGUGCCCUGAGUGUGUGAGCCCUCUCAAUGAUAUAGAAAAAAUUUUGGAUUUUGAAACACGCCCAACUGUUGCUGAUGAUUGUGAUGCUUCAAAAGUGGGGUCCAAGCAAAUAUUUGUGAAACAGUAUCUUAUCAAGUGGAAAGGGUUGUCAUAUCUUCAUUGUAUUUGGGUGCCUGAGAAAGAGUUUGUCAAAGCUUACAAGAGUUGUCCUCGUCUGAAGACUAAAGUAAACAACUUUCAUCGCCAAAUGUCAUCAAUAAGUGAUAGAGAAGAAUAUGUUGCUAUCCGGCCAGAAUGGACUACAGUUGACCGCAUCAUUGCUUGCAGAGGAGAAGGUGAGGACAAGGAGUACUUUGUGAAGUGGAAGGAACUUCAGUAUGAUGAAUGUAGCUGGGAGCUCGAGUCAGACAUUUCUUCUUUUCAGUAUGAAAUUGAAAGAUUUAACAAAUUCCAGUCCCGACGUUCAAAAAAGCACAAAAAAAGUAAUGAAGAUAUAAUUGAAUCAAAUUCGAAACAAAAAGAAUUUCAGCAGUAUGAAUGCAGUCCUGAAUUUCUUUCUGGAGGUUCUCUGCACCCUUAUCAGCUUGAAGGGCUGAACUUCCUACGAUAUUCUUGGUCUAAACAGACACAUGUGAUACUUGCAGAUGAGAUGGGCCUUGGAAAAACCAUACAGAGCAUUGCAUUCUUAGCAUCUCUUUUUAAGGAGAGCGUUUCCCCUCACUUAGUUGUUGCUCCUCUUUCAACCUUGAGAAAUUGGGAACGUGAAUUUGCCACAUGGGCUCCCCAGAUGAAUGUUGUUAUGUAUGUUGGUUCAUCCAUUGCACGUUCUGUUAUAAGGGAAUAUGAGUUUUACUUCCCAAAAAGGCACAAGAAGAUCAAGAAAAAGAAAUCCAGUCAAGUCCAUGGGGAGAGCAAGCUAGACAGGAUAAAAUUUGAUGUUCUUCUGACAUCAUAUGAAAUGAUUAACUUAGAUAGUGCAUCUCUGAAACGAAUAAAGUGGGAAUGCAUGAUUGUUGAUGAAGGGCAUCGUUUGAAGAACAAGGAUUCAAAAUUGUUCUAUUCAUUGCAGCAAUACUCCAGCAAGCAUCGUGUCCUCUUGACUGGAACACCUCUUCAGAACAACUUGGAUGAACUUUUCAUGCUGAUGCACUUCCUCGAUGCUGGAAAGUUUGGAAGCUUGGAGGAAUUCCAAGAGGAGUUCAAGGAUAUUGGUCAAGAAGAGCAGAUCUCAAGGCUUCACAAGAUGUUGGCACCACAUCUGCUUAGAAGGUUAAAAAAAGAUGUCAUGAAGGAAUUACCUCCUAAAAAGGAGCUCAUUUUACGUGUGGAAUUGAGCACCAUGCAAAAAGAAUAUUAUAAAGCAAUAUUGACACGGAAUUAUCAGAUACUUACUCGUAAGGGUGGUGCACAAAUUUCUCUUAUAAAUGUGGUUAUGGAACUACGCAAGCUUUGUUGUCACCCUUUCAUGCUAGAAGGCGUUGAACCAGAGGAUAAUAAAGAGUUUAACAAGAAGCUUCUCGAGUCUUCUGGCAAAUUGCAACUUCUUGAUAAGAUGAUGGUGAAGCUUAAAGAGCAAGGGCACAGAGUUUUAGUAUAUUCACAGUUCCAGCAUAUGCUGGACUUGUUAGAAGAUUACUGCAACUUUAGGGAUUGGCAAUAUGAACGUAUUGAUGGAAAAGUUGGUGGAGCUGAAAGGCAAAUUCGAAUAGAUAGAUUUAAUGCUCCGAAUUCUUCCAGAUUUUGUUUUCUGCUGUCAACAAGGGCUGGAGGAUUGGGAAUUAACCUAGCUACCGCUGAUACAGUGAUUAUAUAUGACAGCGAUUGGAAUCCUCAUGCUGAUCUACAAGCAAUGGCCAGAGCUCAUAGGUUGGGGCAAACAAACAAGGUACUGAUAUAUAGACUCAUAACAAGAGGAACUAUUGAAGAACGCAUGAUGCAAAUGACCAAGAAAAAGAUGGUUUUAGAACAUCUAGUUGUUGGGAGGCUCAAGGCUCAGAACAUCAACCAGGAAGAACUUAAUGAUAUUAUUAGGUAUGGUUCAAAGGAGUUAUUUACUGAUGACACCGAUGAUGCUGGAAAAUCAAAGCAAAUCCACUAUGAUGAAGCUGCUAUAGAUAGAUUACUGAACCGUGAACAAGUUGGAGAUGAGGAAGUUGUUUUAGAUGAUGAAGAAGAAGAUACAUUCUUGAAGGCUUUUAAGGUAGCAAACUUCGAAUACAUAGAUGAAACAAAAUCAAAAGAUGAAGUGGAAGUUCCAACAACGCUAUCAGAGGAUAAACCAGCUUUAAACAGUUCAGAAAGGGCAAGUUACUGGGAGGAGUUGCUGCGAGACAGAUAUGAGGUUCAUAAAGUCGAAGAACUUAGUGCAAUGGGCAAGGGGAAGAGAAGCCGUAAGCAGAUGGUGUCAGUUGAAGAAGAUGACCUUGCUGGUCUGGAAGAUGUGAGCUCUGAUGGAGAAGAUGAUAACUAUGAAGCUGACUCAUCUGAUGGUGAGACAGCAGCAACUGGAGUUGCAACCCUGAAAAGAUCGUAUAGGAAAAGAGCACGUGUGGACCUGAGUCUUGGUGAAGGAAACUACCUUCCACUUCCAGCCAAAAUUUAUAGCCUCUCCAGGUUGGUCUACACCACGUGUCUUGAACAUGAAGUACGAUACAAAUGGUUCAGGUUUGGUGUUGGAGAGUUUGACUGGGCAGAAUUCACACCACGUCUCAAGCAGAAAACUUACGAAGAAAUUAAAAAUUACGGUCGCCUCUUUUUGUCACACAUAGCUGAGGAUCUUACUGAUUCUCCAAACUUUUCAGAUGGUGUUCCCAAAGAAGGAUUGAGAAUACAAGAUGUACUUGUAAGGAUUGCAGAACUACUGCUUGUGAGGGACAAAGUCAAAGCUGCAUCUGAAAAGCCUGGAAGUCCUCUUUUCACAGAGGACAUAGUAUCUCGCUUUCCUGGAGUCAGGGGUGGAAGACUGUGGAAGGAAGAACAUGAUUUACUACUACUUCGAGCAGUAUUGAGGCAUGGUUAUGGAAAAUGGCAAUCCAUAGUUGAUGACAAGGAGUUGAAUAUCCAAGAACUCAUUUGCAAGGAGAUAAAUAUCCCCUUUAUGACUUUGCCUGUACCAGGGACUCCUCAACAACCAGUUAUUGCACCUGGAACCUCUCAACCACAAAUUCCUGUUGCCGGUGUUUCCCAAGCACAAGUAUCAAAUGGUGAAACUAAAGCAAAUGCUGGAAGUACUAUGAAUCAAGUACAAAGAUGUACUACUGGAAAUGAUCUUGGGGUUGAGGCUGGUGGUACUGGAACAAAUGACCCUUCAAGCCGAACACAGACUUUCCAAGAUUCUUCUUUUUUAUAUCAUUUUAGAGAAAUUCAAAGAAGACAGGUUGAGUUUAUUAAGAAAAGGUUGCUUCUACUAGAGAAAGCUCUUAAUGCAGAAUACGCUAAAGAAGCCUAUGGUUAUGAGAGGUCAAGUGAAUUGCCUGGUGAUGAGACAGAGUUUGAUUCUAAGGUCGUAGAUGCGCCAAGUCUAAAUACAGAUUCUGAUAAUGAAGUUUUUGACCAUUUGCCAAAGAUUAUUGGGAUUUCUCCUCGUGAAGUGUCAGAGGCUGCUUGUGAUACCAAACCAGAACGUUUAGCUAUGGCUAAGUUUUAUAAUGAGAUGUGCAAGGUUCUCUCCGAAAACGUCGAAGAUUCGAUAGCUGAAUAUGCAGCAAACCAAACAGCAAAUGCGGGGAUGAGAAAGAAUCUUCCUCUGUUUCAGAAUAUAAACUCCGAGAUGAACCAAAUACUUUCUUCUUCUUCUUCUUCACAACAACAAACUUCUCCCAAGAACCCAGACACCCUCGAAGGCACACACGACACUAUUAAACCAGAAACUGGAGAGCCAAAUUCCUUGUCUACUCCUCUAGCUGGCAAAGAAAAUGGAGACCUUCCAAAAGUAGAUUCCAAACCUCAACCUGAGAGGAGCGAACCAAACCUAGGGGUAGCGGGAAGCAGUGGGGCCGGGGAAGCUCCCAAGGAAGAAACACCAGCUACCAUGGGCAAUGCGGAAGACACCAGUGCAGAAAAGGCUAGCAGCAUGGAUUUGGAUUGAGUUUUUGGGAUUUCUGAGGCUUUGUGUACUCUAUUCUAUACUCCGAGACGACCGUAUAUGGUACUGCUACUUCUGUUCAAAGAAAAAAAAGAAGCUCAUUCCUACUUUUUAAAGGAAAGUGUAAGUAGCUUAGGGUGUUUAGGACCCUUACCCUUCGCUUCCCAAUCCUACUUUAUACAUUCAAAAGGGAUAUGUGAGUAUUAUGUAUUUAAAGAAACUUGUUUUACUACGGUAUAAUGUGUUUGAGUCAAUUAUAUGCUCUGUAGGCACGGAUAUGGAUAUGUAAGCUGAGAAAUUGCAUGAUUUUUUUGUGUGUAAAGAAAUGUUUGCGCCCUUG